AUGAUGAUGCCGAGAGACAGAAAGGUGUUUGGCGCUAUUUGCCCCAACAAGACGGGCCAAGUGGUGAGAAGAGCUGCAGCUAAUAAAAAGGGCAAAGUGAUGCUGCCGAGGAGCAGCAGUCCAGUCACGUUGUACGUCGACAAGCUCCCCUGCAUCAUUGAACAGGCGUUUUCAACAAUCGCAUGGGAUGAUUUGGAAGACUGCGCAUCAGUGGUGAGACGAGAAAGUGACUCCCUUAGCACUGAGGUGACAGAAUCUGAUGGUGAUUACCAAGAUUUUGGAGAAUAUGCACUGGACUUCCUGGCAGACUCUCCUGCCACAUUAGAGAGCAGUCUGUCUCCUGCUGGACUUGUGCCAUUUCAGGGCUGCAUCAUUCCUCCCCUCACCCCUCACCAAGACUUCUCUGCAGAGGACGAGCUCGAUAACUCUUCCCCAGCAGCAGGUGAUCCCCAUGCCCAAGAUGGAGCUCUGUGGAAGGACGUGGCCCAGCAUCAAGGCAGGACACUGGGAGAUGCCAUGGAAGUCAACCAUCAGCUCCAUGAGUCUCUACAGAGAAAACAGGAGGAAACUGAGUCACUGCAGGAGAGAAACCUUCACCUCAGGGAGCUGGCUUGCCGGGCAAAGCACUUGGCAUCAGUGCUUGAAAGGCUCAUGACCGUCAGAGACCCAGUAUUAAAAGAACCAGUGAUGCCUUGCAGUGAUAAAACAUCCGCUUCACUGAGUCCCUGUAAGCGGCAGCGACUGGACGAUGAGUGUGACACAGAGCCCUCUGGCUCUGUAGAGGACAUCCUGAGGGACAUCAGUACACGCUGCAAUGCUGUCCUGCACAACAAAGCCAACGGGCCCAGACUGCAGCAGGAGCCAGAGAGCAUACGCAUGUAUGGUUCAUUCUCAGCCCUGCAGACUUCAGUCUCCAAAAGCGGCAGCAUGAGUGUGGAUGGAGCAGAAGCAGCAGAGAGUGAUUCGUCUUUCCGAACUUCUGUCAGGGAACACUGCACUAUCAGGACCCAGGUGUUUCCUCAUGGACAUGCCUUUACCUCAAGGACCAAGCACGGAGGAUACCGCUUCCGCUGGGUACCCAACCACAGCUGA